AUGCCGCUCAGUAGGGUGGCGGCGGACGACGGCUCCGGCGCCGGCGUGGGCGCAGGGAGGCCGCGACUCUUCGCCGUGCCCAGGCUGCUGGUCGGGCUCGGGGCGCCCAAGUACGGCGCCGCGCCGCCGGACUGUGACCCGGCACCCGCGCUCGCCAUGCUCAGGUGCCGUGCUCGGCAGUUCGUCCUCUUGGUCGUGCUUAGGUGUCGUGCUGGUGUGCUCGCCGUGCUCGGUAGUUCGUCCUUCCAGCGCACCUCAGGAGUAGAAUUUUCCACUCCUCUGGUGGGACGCGCCCGAGGCCGCCUCCUCCGCCAGCCGCAGCUCCUGGACGCGCCACCGCCUGCGCCUGUGCCCAUGUCGGACGACGGGCCGCCUGGCUUCCCGACCAGCGGCGACCCGCCCACGCCGCCGAUGCCUGGGAGCUCCAUCGCGGACGAGGACUUCAUGAUACUGCAGAGGCGCGCCCCGCUCGUCGAGGUCCCUCCUCCCGCCGUCCACCAGGCCCAGCCGACCGAGGGGCCCACCGCAGUCGCGACCAAGCCCAAGAAGUCCCGCAAGCGCGAGCGGGAGGAAGGCGCCGAUGCCGAUGUCGAUGCCAGCCCCGACGCAGUGGACACCGUCGGCGAGCCCAAGAAGAGGAAGAAAAAGAAGAAGCUUUCUGACCUGGACGGCGCCGGCAAGGCCACCGCAGUGGUUCAGGACCCCAACGGGCUUGACCUGACGCAGAAGAGCUACGAGAACGACCCACCGGAGGAGUCGAAGAAGAUGAGCCUGGAUAAGCCCACUGCCGCCGCGGCCGCUGACGGCCAGUCGCCCAAGAAGAAGAAGCCGGCUGCACUGAGGCCUGGCGCAGGCAAUAAUGACCCCACCAAAGCCGGCGUGAAGCGCGGGCCAUCGGACCGCCAGGGGGAGCUGGCCGUGAAGAAGAAAGCCAAGCUCGAGAAGAUCAAGACACUGUCUAGUGAGAAGAAGGCCGCCGGUCUGGAGCAGAAAGACACAGCGGCGGCGCAGCAGCAGGCAGCACGGGCUGCAGGCGGCAAGGACGGCAAGGCCGAGAUGGGUGGUGGUGCGGCGGCCAAGAAGAAGGAGCCGGCGCCGGCACCCAGGGUCCGUACCCCGUCGCUGAUGGCGCUGAUGAUGAAGUUCCCGCUGAAGAGCACACUGCCGUCGGUGGCGUCGCUCAAGGCGCGGUUCGCGCGGUUCGGCCCGCUGGACGUGGACGGCAUCCGCGUGUACUGGAAGUCCCACAUGUGCCGCGUCAUCCACAGGUUCAAGGCCGACGCGGAGGCCGCACUCAGGUACGCCAAGGCCAACGCCAUGUUCGGGCAGGACGGCGGCAAGCUCGAGCCGCCCGCGCGGCCGGCGAGCGUUGGCGGCAAUGGCGCGGACAGCGGCGUCAAGGCUGCCAAAUCCGUGGGGUUUGCUUCUUCCCAGCCUCUGCAGCCGCCCAUGCGCCCAGCGCUGCAGCAGCAGCAGGCUCCACGCGCCGCCGUCACGCAGCAGCUCCCGCCCCCGCCGCCUCUGUCGCUGCAGCAACAUCUCCCGUACCACCAGCCUCGCGUCGCUGACGGGCAUCCACUGGUGUCUCCCCAAGGUCAGCUGCUGGCAUACCCGCAACCUCGCGUCCACGGCGAGGGCCCCUGCGCGCUCCCUGGGCAACCGCUGUCGCCGCUGCCAUACCAGCCUCGCCCCACCGGCUUCCCUGGUGGACAGCAGCAGCAGGUGGGGUACCCGCCUCGCUCCGGUGACAGCCCGCUGCUCCUCGCCGGACAGCAGCAGUUCCCGCCUCGCCCCAGCAAUGCGAACGCCGCCGAGGAGGUCCCGGCGUGGAAGAGGGGGGAGAAGGAGUUCAAGGAGGAGGUGUGGAGGCUGAUGACGGGCAAGUGGAAAAUUCUGCCCCUGACGCCUGGACACAGGGGGCAAAGGGUCGUUCUAUCCCUCCGUUACCGGCACGGAAGUGGUACACAUGACUGA